AUGACCUCGAACCCUCCUCAGUCGGGACAAGCACAGAGCACCGCGACCUCCGCUUCGACCCAGCCCGCAACCCCUGCCUCCAACCAGGCCCCCAAGUCCUACGCCAACGCAACCAAGAAGUCCGCGACGGAUUCAUCCGCCGCUUCAGCCACCGUGAGCGGUUCCGCGCAACAUGGGAAGUCGAGCUCCGUCUCCCCUGUGAACGGCAAACCCAUGCAAAACCAACCUGCCUCGGGCGUGACCAUUGUCAAUGGCGCCCCGACUGCUCCGGCUUCCCAGGGUGAUCACUCUCGCAAGCCCUCUGUGACCAUUUCUUCCGCGGGUACUUCCGGACAGAUGCCCAACGGCGCCGCCAGUCGUCCCAACAGCCUUCAGUUCGGAUUCGCAAACCAGCAGAGCUCCCCCAACAUGGGCGCUCCCGCUGUGCCUGCAUCCAACCCUGCCCAGGGUGGCCUGAGUGCUCCAUCUGCGAACCCUCGUGUGACAUCUCCUCAGACUUCCCCGUCGCCUAUUCCUCAGCCUGCAUCCAGCGGUGGACGUCCUCCACCAUCGACAUACCAGGCGCAAGGCAACGUGCCGAACUUCGGCAGCUUUGGAGAAUCAGGCGAUGCUAACGCCGCCCUCACUCACGGUUCCCAGCACCUGCGUCGCGAAUCGUCUCAAUCCACCCACAGUGACAUGAGCAACAUGGGUAACGUCCCCGGACGCUCUGGUUAUCCUCACCAGGGUGGCCGCGGCCGUGGAUACUCCCAGUCCGGUUACCAGGGACAGCCCAUUCCCUACUCGCCUAACCCCAGUUUCCGGGCUCCCAACCAGCCGCGGGGCGGUCCCAACAUGGGCCCUCAAUUCCAUGGCAACCAGAGUCGCCCUAUGGGUUACCCUAACUCGCCGCACCAAGCCAACCGCAGCCCUGCCCUGGCGAACGUGAACCCUACCACUCCCCAGAUGAACCCGGUCCCCAUGGCCGGCCAGAUGCCUCCCGGCGCCUACUACCCCCACAACAUGGCCCCUCAAUCUGUGAGACCCCCUUCUUCUUCCGCGUUUAACUCCUCCAAACCCCCGGCCCGGCGUGGCAAUUACCAAAAAAAGAAACAAAAUAAACCCUUUACCCCGGACUUUACCGUGGACCUUGCGCCAGAAAGCGGCCAGUUUGAACAGAUUCUAACUAUGAUGAAGGCUUACCCAGGCGCCUACGACCCCAACUAUGGUUACUACCAAGGGGCUUACUACAUGCCGCCAUCGCCCCAACCUCGUCCCGGCAUGCCCUUCAACCCUCAAGCACAGUUCCCCAACCCGAUGGGCACCCAAUUCCCUGGUGGUCCCCAGGCACCUGCUCUCUCGCGUGAGCCAUCUAUGUCUACUGACCGUCCAGGAUCGAGCCUCAGUGGCCACAACCCGGCACCCACCGGCCCGGCUGCUUCUGGCCACUCUCACAAUGCCAGCCGUACUUCGAACAGCCCCGCCCCCAAGCCUCACUUUAUCCUUCCCUCCAAAAAGAGCCCCAUUGUCAUCAAAGACCCCGGCAGUGGUGUUGUCAAGACCUUCGAAAAGAACCCUGCAUCCCCCGCACGUGCUACUCCUUCUCCUGUGAAAUUCACUCCCCCUCCCUCAGCUACUCCUCCCCCACGAACUGCUAGCGCUACUGAACACAACCGUUCCGAUAGCAAGGCCAACGCUGCCAAGACUGAUGAGGAGAAGAAGCAGGAGUUGAAGAACGCCGUUCGUCUCAAGAUUCAACAGGAUGAGGCUGACCAGAAGCGCCUGGCCGAUGAGGCUGCUCGCAAGACUGCCGAAGCCGAGUCCAAGCCCAAGGAGGACGAGACCGAGGCUGCUCGUGCCGCCAUCGAGGACCUUAGCAUCAAGGACAAGGCUACUGAGGAGCCCAAGAAGGCUGCUGAGGAGCCCAAGAAGAUUGCCGAGGAGCCCAAGAAGGUCGCUGAGGAGCCUAAGAAGGCUCCUGUUCCUGCUCCCGCUGAUGACGACGAAAUUGACUUCGAUGCCAUUGAGCGUGAGAUGGCUGAGAUCGAGGCCAAGGAACGUGCUGCUGAGGAGGACUACUACCGUGCCAAGCAGGCCAAGAAGGACGAAGCCGAGCGCAAGGAGCGUGAGGAGCGUGAAAACUAUGAGGCUAACAUGAAGAAGGCUGAGGCUGAGGCCGAGGCUCGUGAAGUUGCCCGCGAGAACGCCCGCGCUCUGGGAGAAAGCGACUCUGGUGACAAGGACGCAUUUGCCUCUCUCAAGAAGGGUGGAUAUGGUGCUACCGAAGUAUCCACUCCUGCUGAUAGCGGUGCUGCUACCCCUGUCUCUGACAUGGGUCCCCCCGCCAAGCCUGCUGGUGCUAAGAAACCUGCCGGUCUCAAGCUUGAUACCCCCAAGCCUACUGAGCCUCUGCAGCCAACUCCUGGUAUGACAUCUCUCCAGAACGCCAAGUUCCUGGACGACCUCAGCAAGGUCACAUACCCCUCAUCCAUCACUCCUCCUAAUGCUGCUCUGAAUGCCGCUUCCCCUGCUGGCCGUCGCUUCCACUACGACCGGGACUUCUUGAUUCAGUUCCAAGCUAUCUUCAAGGACAAGAUCUCUGUCGACUGGGACUUGCGCAUUCGCGAGACUGUCGGUGACAAUGACGCUUCUUCUCGCACUCCGUCCAACCGCACUCCCAGCAUGGGUAGCCGAGGUCCCUCCCGUAAUGGUAUUGGUGGUAACUUCCCCAUGGGUACCUUCGGAACUGUACCCAGACCUGGCGGUAUGCCUCCUAUGGGCGGCCCAGGAAUGGGUGCCCGUGGCUCUUCCAACUUCGGACCCUUCCCUGGCUCUCGUCCUGGCCUCAACGGCCCCGGAAGCAUUCGCACUGGUAGCGGUGUUGCUGCUCGCGGUAGCAACAACAGCAAGGGUCCCCGCCAAGGCAGCAAGGCUGGUGGUCCCAAGCACGGUGGCAAGAGUGAGCACGAGCAGAACAAGACCAUGCCUCUCACUGCUGGUAUGGACUUGAAGGCCAUUACUACCACCGCUUCUGGCUGGAAGCCUCGCAGCGUCGGACAGUCUGCUACUGGUCCCGCCCCUGGUGGCGAGGGCUAUUUGGCUCCCGAUGUCGUGCAGCGUAAGGUCAAGGCUGCUCUUAACAAGAUGACCCCCGAGAAGUUCGACCGUAUCGCCGGCCAGAUCCUCGAAAUCGUUUCACAGUCCAAGGACGAGUCUGAUGGCCGUACUCUGCGCCAGGUCAUUCAGCUCACCUUUGAGAAGGCCACUGACGAGGCCCACUGGGCCCCUAUGUACGCCAAGUUCUGUAAGAGCAUGCUCGAGAGCAUGAGCGGUGAAAUCAAGGAUGAGAACAUCCGUGACAAGGCCGGCAACGUCGUUGCUGGUGGCAGUCUCUUCCGCAAGUACCUGCUUAACCGUUGUCAAGAGGAGUUCGAGCGUGGUUGGAAGGUUAACCUGCCCCCCAAGCCCGAGGGUGUUACUGAGGAGAUUGCUAUGAUGUCUGACGAGUACUACGUUGCCGCUGCCGCUAAGCGUCGUGGUCUUGGUCUUGUCAAGUUCAUUGGUGAGCUUUACAAGCUCGGCAUGUUGACAGAGCGUAUUAUGCACGAGUGUGUUAAGAAGCUUGUCGACUACGAGGGCAUUCCCGACGAGGCCGAGGUUGAGAGUUUGACCAGUCUGCUCCGCACCAUUGGUGCCAGUCUCGAUGCUUCCGAAAAGGGCCCCGCCAUGAUGGACGCCUACUUUGCUCGCAUCCACCUCAUGGUUGAGACUCCUGGCCUGCCCAGCCGUCUCCGUUUCAUGCUUCUGGAUAUCAUUGAUCUCCGUUCUGGUCGCUGGAGCACCAAGGAGGCCGACAAGGGUCCCCAGACCAUUGUUGAGAUUCGUGAGGCUGCUGCUCGUGCCGCUCAAGCCGCCGAGGCUGAGCGUCAGCGCCAGAACAGCAACCGUGGAGGUGGUGGCCGCAUGCAAAUGGGCCGUGGUGACGCUCGUGGCUUCAGCUACAACAACCAAGCCCCUCCUCCCGACUAUGCCUCCAGCAAGGUCGGCACCGAUGAUCUCCGCCGUCUGCGCGCGACUCGCAACACCAACCAGCCCAUGUCAUUUGGUCCGUCCAGCCUGCUAGGAGGCUCUCGCACCAACAGCGGCCGCAAGAACCUCGGUCCCGGUGGCAAUCUGGUUCGCGGCAGUGAUGACAGCGCCGCCAGCAGCCGCACUGGCACUCCUCCUGCCGGCAAGAAGGAAGACAAGGACACCUCGUCCAUGAACGCUUUCAGUGCUCUCGCCGCUCUCGAAGACCGGGAUAACAUGGCGACCUCGCCACCGUCCAACCCUACCUCCCCCAUGCUCACCAAGUCGCAGCCCGCGGCCGCUGAGCGUCGCCCCUCAAAAACCCCGUCGAAGGAUGGCGAGUCCACAGCAUAGAAAGUUUCCUUAGGAGUAAUGAUCAACGUUUCCAUUAUUUUGGUUCCUCUCAAAAGAUUUCCUCAUUU